GUAUCAUUGAAAUCAAAAUGGCAUCUAUAAAGCUGCAGCUUGCCAUGACGACGAGAGUGUGGUUUGUUUUGUUUUCUCCUUUGAACUAUCUUGGUUGUUCUUGUUUCGGGUCCAUGGAUUCGGCAAGUCAUUCUCUGUCGGGUGUCUUGCAAGAUUUUGCACUGCGGAUUCCAGUUGAAUGGAUGGUAAGGAUUUUAGUAGUCAUUAGCAUGCUACUGCAGCUUGUUUUGGUUGUUCUUGGUCCGCGCAGAUAUUAUAUUUCAAGUGGAAUUUUUCGUUUAGUGGUGUGGGGAGCUUACAUUUCUGCGGAUGCUGUGGCCAUAUCCGCAUUUGGCACCAUGAUGCACAACGCUGGAAGAGGGAUAUAUGGAAUAUGGGCUCCAGUCUUGCUGCUGCAUUUGGGAGGACCGGAUGCCAUAACUGCCUAUUCCAUGGCCGAUAAUGAGCUAUGGUUGAGACAUGCAUUCAACAUGGUUUAUCAAGUUUCAGUGGCAGUGCAUGUUAUGUACUCAUCGGCGUUGGAAGGCCAUGCAUUGGCUUCCGCUAUUCUUCUACUGGUUGCAGGGGUCAUAAAGUAUGGAGAAAGGAUCCUCGCUUUGUGGCUUGGUACCUAUUCUCAAAUUGUUAGCUCGUGUCUGCCGAUUGCCAAAUAUAUGAAGGAUGGAAAUGUUGUACAACGUCGUGGGUAUGUCGUUAUGGGAGAGAAUCAACUGAAUAGAAUGAUCGAGAAUGAGGCGGGAGCAUCUUCAAAAGCAAAAGCAAAUAAAGAAGCAGGGACACAGGUCCUUUCACUUGAAGGAAGAGAGAUAAUAACCAUGCAGGAUGUUGAGAACGCUAAUAUUCAAGGGAAGGACUACAAUCUCUGCCUUUCCCAUGCUUUGUUCAAAAUGUACAAGCGGAGGUUUGUAAGUUUGCCUUUUGAAGAAGGAGAUCGGCCGGAGACAAAAGACAUCUGUGCUGAUAAGCUGACUGGUUUGGAAGCAUUCAGAAUUGCAGAGAUGGAAUUGAAAUUCAUGUACGAUGCAAUUUUCUCCAAGUGGAGAGGCGCAGCGUUCAGUAAGUGGGGUAUUGCAGCACGCCUUCUCAACACCACUCUCGUGGGAGUCUCGGGGUUUCUGAUAUUGAAAGGAGAAUACAGCGAAACGCAGCGGACGGUGACAUACGUUGUGAUUUCAGUAGCGCUUGUGGUGGAGGUGUUUCAGUUCUGCCGCAUCAUGAUAUCGGACUGGACUAGGGUCAACUUAAUCUGCGCUCGUGUUGACGAAAUGAAGUGGUGCAGAAGCUGCAGAAUGAAGGUAUUAGAGAUUGCUGAAGUUGUGCUGGACAAGAUUCAGAAUGUGGUUGGAGGAAACAUCUACAGGAACAACGGAAUUCACCAACACUGCUUGAUGGAGACUUGCCUUAAUAGUUCUCCUUUCGUGUGGAAGAUAGCAGAAUUGUUACCAAAAGACAAUUUUGUAGUAAACGGAUACAUCAAAGCACGGCACAUCCACAAAGUUUCUGUCGAAGAAGAUCUUAAAGUCUGCAUUUGUGAUAUCCUUCAACAGGCACUUGACUUUCCGGAUAAAAAAGUGUUAAAGAUACGUAUUUAUGAAGAAAUUAUAAAGAUCAGCACGGAAAUCAAGAGUCGCUCUGACAAUCUUGAAGAGGUCAUUCUACUGUUGCAUGUAGCUACCACGAUUUGCGACAUGAAGAGAAUAUUGCUAGGAGAGGAGGAGAAUAAGAAUGUACGUUUGAGCAGAAUAAUGUCAAGGUACUGUGCAUAUCUGCUUCUGUCACGUCCCAAUCUUUUGCCGCUACACCCGGAUAUGACAAGGAUUGCAUACUUGGAACUUGUGGAACGCCUUCUGAAGAUACAGAAGAGCACAAUGGGAGUUUUGGGCAAACAUUCUCAUUCUCAAUUUAUAGAAGCGGUAAGCGUGGAAGCCAAAGCUUUACUAGGCGCAGCCACUAAUCUUGCACGGGAGUUGCUCGGGAAAGAAGAAAACAGAAGGUGGAAGUCAUUGGUCAAGUGCUGGAGUGGGUUGGUGAUAUACAUAGCGUGCUACAAUAAGGCAACAUUUCAUGCAGAGUGCCUAGCUACUGGAGGGGAAUUUCUGAGUCAAGUGUGGGUUUUACUGGGUCAUUUGGGAUGUGGAGAACAGUCUGACUCUGCUGUAAAGGUGAAGGUUGAGGCGUCGAAGGGUAUCUAUUCAUGAUUAACAUCCUGGAAAGGGAGAGCACAGAAUGCCGGCAAUGAUUGUAAUUCCCAAAGUUCUUAGUCAUAUGUUUUUCUAAUCA